AGGUAUUCUGAAUUCAGGCCCUGAUUACGUUGCUAAGCUGAAUUCCCUCUCUGAGGCAGUCCAGGUUUCUUGGCCUUCUAUACAUUCCUGGUCUCUCAUAAAAGUGCCCCAAGGCAAACCUGGGCUGUGACAUACAGCUGAUUAAUUGGUUAGGCAAAUUGACUAAAAGUAGUUUGCUUUUUGACGGGGCAUAAACAGCCAUAGGCAGCAGAAGCUGUCUUUGUGAAUUUGGAAUGCCUGUUGCAGUGCGGUAUUUGUGUCGCUUAGAAACAGGUGUUUGUUUUCUUCCUGAUGACAGAUAUGGUAGAUAAUCAUAAAGAAAAUUGGGUAGCCUUGGUGGCUGCAGCAGAACAAUACCGGCGUAAAACAGGCAAUGAAAUUGUUUUGCUCACUGCUUUCCGGGCACCACCACCUGGCAACUACAGCUAUGCGCAGCAUGGGAGUGGGGCUCUAGCAGAUGCCGUUCAAAGUUACCUCGAAGAUAUUGCAGUGGUUCAUAAAACCACUGCUUUUACCUAUGCUGCCCGCCCUCCCUCAAACCCUCAUCCACCUCCCCCACAAGGAUCCUAUUCCCAAAGUUACCCUCCUACUUAUGCUCCAGAUGAACCUGCCCCACAUAGGACGCCAGCCUUCCAAGGAGGUCUGCCUCAGGCUUCGGGAGGCCAAGAACAUGAAGAUGAAGAUGAUGAAGGUGAUAGAAAUACAUUGACUGAACUGGAACAACCCAGUGGAAGAGAACCUCCUAGUGACACUACUGGUCUGUUUGUGAUGGACGAAGAUUCUCCAAGCCAAGAUUAUGAGCCUUUUUUUGAUUCUGAUGUGGAAAGCACUGACGAUGGGAGUCUGAGUGAGGAGGCUCCAGGACAGACAGCUCCUCCGCCCCCAAGCCAUCAGUAUGCCAAAUCCCUCCCUGUCUCCGUACCCAUCUGGGGCUUUAAAGAACAACGCCAAGAGAUACGAUCCUCUGACGAAGAGAACAGUAAGCAUUCGUCUCCUGAUCUCGAGAAGAUUGCCGCCAGCAUGAGAGCUCUGGUGCUGCGGGUUUCAGAUGGCACCGAGAUGUUUGGAGACCUGCCUCGGCCACGCCUGAAUACGAGUGACUUCCAGAAGCUGCAUCGGAAAUAUUAAUAGAUCUGGCUGUUGGUCCUGCUGUCUCGGCACCAUUUUCCUCCACUACCAAAAAUCGGUAGACAGGGUUCAGAGCUCCUCUCAAGCCAUACUGUUCAAAUUCUGUCCUCCCGUCCUCCGGCCUUUGCUUCCACAAGCUUUAAUUUAAAAUGGGCAACCUCAGUUUCACACUACAGAUGGGCACAGCUGACUGGGUAAAUCUGGGGGCUGAAGUCCACACACCUUAAAUUUUCCACAGUUGAAAAACACUGCCUUAGCUAGAGCAGCCCUUCUGAGAGGGGCUUCUGACAUACCCUGACAAAACAGACUCACACAAAGACAGAAACACUAGAGACACCCUGACAAAAAUAGCUCUACCAUCAUGCCCUGCCUCUGCCUCUGCCACUACUACCACCACCAAUCAAUCUUCAUCUCCCUUUUUUUUCCUCCCCAGUUAAGUGUCUUAAAAAAUCCUUUGCACACAAACUGGGCUUGGGUUCUAUGCCAUUCUGCUGUUCGUUUUCUUUUCUCCCACAUGUAUAAAUCUCCCCAUUUCCAGGAGUAGAAUUUCAGGGCCCUUUUUACUUUUAGGGAGGUUGGUGCAAAUGUGCCCUUGUGGCAGGUGAGAUGUGAAAGAGGGUCUAGGGGCUGUGUAGAGCCUCGGACUGAUCCCACAACCACUCACCCUACUUUUGUAUCAGAUUUUCAAGAGCCGUUUCUGGCUCAGACCCUCUAUUUUUGUCCAAAGAUGACUGGUGAAUUGGAAGAGAGAGAGGAUGUUUUUAUCUCCUUCCUGCCAGCCUAUAAGCCAAUAAUAAUAAAAAGUUGUCUUUACCAGCU